AGUAGCAGUGGCGCAGUGUUAAUCUCCAGUACUGCUGUCAAUUGACAAAGUGGCUUUUUCUCUGUUUGUAGAUCGGGCAUUGUGACGAGCGAUCGGUCCCUGUCUGUGAACAGUUUGCACUCUGCUCACUUUUCAUGCAGAAAGCAUCGUCAGACUAACACGAUUGUUUGCGUCCUUCUGCCUCGUCAGUUCCGGCUACUCUUCUCUAUGAACGAUUUUUUUUCUUUUAUCCCGAAUUCAGGUGGAUAUCUUUCUCACAACUUUUGUUUCUAGCAAUAUUUCUUUAAUUUGACAACAAGCAAAUCUGUCUGGCUUCACAUUCGUACGGACUGAAGAGUCGCUUGAGCCUCCCGAACGGAUUUGAAGAGGGGAAACAACGUGCUUUGAAUGUGGAAUAGACUUUAACUAAUAUUGACACCUCCUGGACUGUGUGCUCCCUGCUGGUACACAGCCUCCAACAAAUUGAUCGGAAUCCCUGUCUUGCGGAGUCAUUUGAACCUUUUUAAGUGAUAAAUUCCAAUUAAAGGUCGAUGUGUCUAAUCAAAAUUCGCCGCGGAUUGCUGUGGGCUUGUCUUUUCGAAGUGCCGAUGGGAGUGUAAGAUUUUGCAAAGAAACCAAGAAAAGGCAAGGUUUCCGACGUUAGCCUUUUAUUCCACACAUUUAUACGUAAAGCGAAAGCAAACAGAGCCAACAAACUUGCCGACUUUGGUAGUAAGCAGUAGAAUUGUACCGUGACUCAUGGCUUCUUUGUACCAGAGGUUUACUGGAAAGAUCAACACGUCCAGAUCUUUUCCUGCUCCACCUGAAGCUAGUCACCUUCUUGGUGGACAAUGCGCCGAGGAGGACAAAGCCUCGAAGAUCCCAUGCCCCUCGCAGGACCACCGGCCCCGUUUCCCACAUCACAACAGAAGUGACUAUGAAGAUGAGGAUGAGCUGGUGGGGAGUAACCCUCCGCAGAGGAACUGGAAAGGAAUUGCAAUUGCCCUGCUUGUUAUUCUGGUCAUCUGCUCCCUGAUUGUCACCUCCGUCAUUCUUCUAACGCCAGGAGAGGAUGACACUCUAGCAUUCAAAAAGAAAGUGACCCUGGAAAAUCUGACGAGCAAUGAGUUUAAAAUUUGGGACCCAGAGGCAAAAUGGAUAGACAAUAAUGAACUUUUAUACCAUACCCAAGAAGGCAGCGUUGUGAGAUAUAAUGUGGAAACAAAAGAAACUACAAUUGUGAUUGAGAGCAAAAAAUUUGUCACCUAUACAGCCAGCAAGUAUGAAGUGUCACCAGAUAUGAAGUAUGCUUUGCUUGCAUACAGUGUUAUACCUGUGUACCAACAUUCAUUCUUAGCUUAUUAUAUCCUCUGCAAUUUGAUCACAAAAGAACACCGCAACUUGAACCCACCAGAGGUUGAAAAUUCUCAACUUCAGUAUGCUGGUUGGGGUCCUAAAGGUCAACAGCUGAUCUUCAUAUUUGAGAAUAACAUUUAUUAUCAACUCAAUGCGGAAAGCAAAGCAAUUCGUCUGGUUUCUUCUGGGAAAGAAGGAGUCAUCUUUAAUGGUCUCAGUGACUGGCUAUAUGAAGAAGAGAUUUUCAGAACCCAUAUUGCUCAUUGGUGGUCUCCAGAUGGUGCUCGAAUGGCGUAUGCUACAAUCAAUGACACACUGGUGCCCAGGAUGGAGAUCCCAGUUUAUACAAGCUCCAUAUACCCUGUUGGGAAGGAGUACCAUUAUCCAAAGGCUGGAAAAGAAAAUCCAACAAUUUCCUUGUAUGUGGUUAAUCUCAAUGGGCCACCACACACUGUGGAAAUGAAACGCCCCGAUGAUAAAAGGAUAAGGGAAUAUUACAUUACCAUGGUGAAAUGGGCAACAAGUACAAAGCUUGCUGUGAACUGGCUGAACAGAGCCCAAAACAUCUCUGUGAUGACUCUGUGCGACGUCACCACUGGAGUUUGUACUAAGAAACAUGAAGAUGAGAGCGAAGGUUGGCUGCACAGACAGAAUGAAGCUCCAGUGUUUUCCAAAGAUGGAAAGAAGUUUUUCUUCAUAAGAGCAAUACCACAAGGCGGCAGAGGGAAGUUUUUUCAUAUUGCAAUGGCUUCUUCACAACCAAACAUUAGUACUGAUACUUUACAAUCGAUAACGUCUGGAGACUGGGAUGUGACAGAGGUUUUGGCAUACAAUGAAGCCAGACAAAUCAUCUAUUUUUUGAGUACAGAGGAUGAUCCAAAAAGAAGGCAUCUUUAUAGUGCUGACACCACUGGGCCAUAUAACCGACGAUGCCUUUCUUGUGAUCUGAUUGAAGGCUGUGGCUAUGUUGGUGCUUCCUUCAGUCACAAUAUGCAGUACUUCCUCUUAGACUGUAAAGGACCUGGAGUUCCAUCCGUAACAGUACAUAGUACUGCUGAUCAAGAGAAGAUUUUAGAUUUGGAGACCAAUGACAAUGUGCGGCGAUCUCUUGAUUCCUUCCAGAUGCCCAAAGUGGAAUAUCAGGAUUUUGUGGUAUCCGAUUACCCUCUGACAUUGCAGGUACUUAAACCAGCGGGUUUCGUGGACACCUCACACUACCCUCUCCUUCUCCUUGUGGAUGGCACCCCAGGUGAACAGACUGUGACUGAGAAGUUCCAGGUUGAUUGGGUCACAGUUUUGGUGAGCAGCUUCAAUACCAUAGUGAUCAAAUGUGAUGGCCGUGGAAGUGGAUUCCAAGGAACAAAUCUUUUACAUGCAGUUCAGCGGAAAUUAGGACAUUUUCAAGAGCAAGAUCAACUGGAAGCUCUAAAUUACAUAGCAAAAGAGCCUUUCAUUGACAGAACCAGAAUGGGUGUUUUUGGUGAGGUAUAUGGUGGUUAUUUAUCAACUCUUUUACUAACUGCAGAAGGUUCACCUCUAAAAUGUGGAGCAGCACUUUCCCCCAUCACAGACUUUAAACUUUAUGCAUCAGCAUUUUCAGAAAGGUAUUUGGGCUCGCCAGAAGGAGACCCACGAGCAUAUGAGUUGGCCAGGUUAGCUCCGCGAGCAAAGCAGCUGACUGAAAAGAAGCUUUUGAUAAUACAUUCCACAGCAGAUGAAAAAGUCCACUUCCAGCAUACUGCAGACUUUGUUACUCACCUUAUCCACUCAAUGGCUAACUAUACCCUUCAGAUAUAUCCAGAUGAAGGUCAUUUCAUACACAAAGAAGAAAUAAAAAAGCAUUUAUUUCAUUCCCUUGUGAACUAUUUUGAAGAAUGUUUCAGGCUUCCUGACAAACUUUAUGAGGAAAAAAUAGAAGAGGAAGAUGAAUAACAAGGAUAAAGUAGUCUUCUUGCUAAGCACAAGCCUGCUUCUUGAAAACAAUAUGCAACUGAUUGUUUUUGUUCUUGAACAUUAUUACAUUAGCAUGUAUCUGAGACUGAAAAGCAGGAAGCUGCCUGCUUCACUCAUCCACACUUCUCUCCCGAAAGUGAAAGGGGGCUUUGAGCAUGACAAAAAUAAGCCAGUGACCUUUGUUCAGAAAGAAAAGGUAAAACAACAACACCACAGUAGCCUCAUCAGUUUCAUUUGGUCCAUCAGAGAGGAGUUGCAGGAAGAUCCGAAAUCUGAAAGACUCUGAGGCUUCCAAGACAAGAAUAUCAUCUCUCCUGCAUAUAAAGUUCACUGUGGCAGAGCAAAGCUUAGGAGGAACACUGGGAGAAAAUUUUAUAACACAAGCAUUGGAUGAACUGUGACACCCAUGGAAGCUCCACGUGCUCACUCAUUGUGUGAGUCAAGGAGGAUUGUAAAAUGACAAAUAUAUACAUAAUAUAUCAUAUACUGUAAACUGUUUAUUCAUUAACAGUCCAUAUAUACUAUGAAUAUAUAUAUAUAUAUAUAUAUAUAUAUAUAUAUAUAUAUAUAUAUAUAUAUAUAUAUAUAUACAGAGAAAGAAAAAGUAUAAUGUAUACAUAUGUAUGCAUAUCUAUAUGAAAAACUAGAGGCAGAUAUACUGGUGUGUGUGUAUGUAUAUCUGCAAGCAGUAUAAAUUAUAUAUUAAAUUUAUAUUGUGAGGCUACUUUAUUCAACAUUAACAUUUUUAAAACGUAAUACUAAGCUUCAUAAGUUGUUGUGUGAGUAACAGUUGUUUUAUAUGUAAAGUAGCACACCAAAUAUUGUUGAUGAAACUUUGGAGGAAACAACAGUAUGAUAUUGUUUUCAGUGUUUAUGCUUGUCUUGACCUCAAAAACUUUGUAGCAGUGAAAGACAAAAUACCAUUGCAGUUUGGUAGCUUUGAGUUGAUUCAUGGUAAAAUGCAAGCCAUUAUUGAACCAGGCAGUGAUGUGCUCUAUAUGUAUCCUACGCCAGCCACAUAUGGUAACAAGUACUGCAGUUUGGUGAACUUCUACAUUAGAGAACUUUGGAAGGUGUAGAGGGUGCAAACAGCCAUGAAUUGAUACAGUGGAACAUACGUUAAGGAAUGAGAUCAAUAUUACGGAUGGGCACAAAAUAAACCUGUCUCUUGGAAGGUGAAGUGUUAGUGAAACAAAUCUUACAGUAACAAGUAAGUCGAGCUGUCUUUUUUUAACUUUAUGUGUUUUGCUUACAGGUUUUUUGAGUGCUACUGGAAUUGAUGCCUAGAAAUUAAUUUUAGGCACUGUGCCUUAAUUUGAGAUCUUUUCUGUCAUGUGUAGUUUCUGAUGGGCCAGUUUUCUUAAAUUUAAAUACCUAUGUCAGAUGUGGUUUUUUUCAGACUUGUGAAAAAAGUAUAAUUAUGUUUUCCAAAUGUAUUAACAACCCAAAACAAGACGAUUAGCAUUACAUUAUAUCCCAAUACAAAAUUGUGUAUAGUUUAGUUUUUUUUUGUUUUGUUUUGUUUUUUUUGUUAAGAAGUUUUGGGUGUGCUAUUAUUAAUAAAAUGACCAAUCUAGUAGUCUGUCUUUCAUUCAGAGUGUUGCAGGCUUAUUUGUUUUAUCCUUAAAUGAAAAUACUUCGACCUUCUACCUUUACAAAUGCAUGUAGGAGACCAUUUCCAACUCAAAGCUAUAUUUCAUGUUAGAGAAAGAAAUUAACACUAUUCUUAAGAGUUUUUGUUUUCUUUGACAGCUUGAAUGUUUUUGCUGAAUACUGAAUCAUUUAAUAUUGUGAGUAAACUCACUGUCUUGUCCACAGUGCUGUGUAAAUGGUGUAUUUCAAUAUAAUUUUAGUACUUUUGAGAUCUCAAUGUUAAUUGUACAUUAAGCAUUUUGAAAACUAUAUUUCAGUGUUUAUUUACCCAAGUUUCUGUUCAUUUGUUUGUUCUGUUUUGAAUGUUUGUUCAUUUUUAUUGUUUUUGUGACAAGUAUGUUUAAAGUAUGCUGAUGUACUUCAGAAAUGCCAAAUGAAAUGGACACUAUUCAGUGUUUCAGAAGGAACUUUCUCUUUGUAAUAUUUGUAAGUGGUAGUCCAAAAUGGUAAAGAAAACAAGGAGUUUGGAAUUGAAACAGACUUUGUGCUGACUCAAUUUGCUGUUCUGUACAAGGAAAACAAGGAUGUGGCAUGGAGGUAACUUUUGCUGGAAUAAAAAUUAUUUUGACAUCA